AUGAGCAGAGAUGAUUUGUACCUUCGGCUGAUAAAAAAACUCGCAGAAUAUGAUUCUUUACUAGAGCAAUUGCAAUCCAGUUUUCAAGACGGUUUCCACCAUCUUAGUAGGGCAAACUACCAUAAUAAGGAUACUUUAAGAGGAACAUAUGGUAGAGAUUAUUGGGAUGAAACAUAUACAGGUCAUAGAUAUGUUUCGAUCGACGGAAAGCAUAGGAUCCAAGAGAUUGCAGAACCGGAGUAUAAAGAAGAUCAAGAGGAAGAAGCUAUUCCAGAGAAACAAGAUACUGAAGCGUCCCAUAAACUAAGAAAAAGGAAACAGAGAAAAACGUUAUUGGAGAAAGCCAAAAAGAAUCCUAUCUACAUGUUUGGAGGUGCAUUAUCUACUCCGAUGUCUCUAAGACAGUCACAAUCGUCAUUUAAUUCGUCUUUUCCAGUCAUUUAUAAGCUUAUUGAGCUUCGAUACGAACUUAAUGCACUCUUAGAUCAAAUAUCACCAAGCGUAUGA